AUGCUGGUGAAAUAUGCCAGUAUCAUUAUAAUAAGUUGGCUAUUUGAUGCAUUUACUUCCAGGAAAAAAUAUGGAAUAAUAAAAUUUGAGAAUCUAUUUAAAAAAGCAUAUGAAAGCAAUGAAGAAUAUAAAUGCUUUUCAAAAAGGGUAUUAGCUAAUUUGAUUAAGAAUAACCAAUUUAUUGAAAAUAAAUAUGAAAGUAAAGAAACAUUAAAUUAUCCUAGAACAAUAAAUUAUGAAAAAAAUGGAAGUAUUCAUGAGGAUACGAAGAGAGCUAAAUAUCCUAUCACUAUGUUUAAAUUUACAGAAAAUUUGAAUCUCUUAGUAUAUACAAAUGAUUUACAGUUAUAUAGCUCUUUACACAUUUCACUGACACAAUACUGCUAUCCAAAAAUAGCUAGAUGUGAUAGUAAUUCAGGAGGAUGUUGGUGCUAUAAUUAUUCGAAAUCGUUGAUUAAUAUUAAUAAGCAUAAAUGCCUAGACAAUUGUGGAAAUUUUGUAGCAUGUCGAAGUCCUUUGAAAUUAAAACAUCAGGAACAAAUACCUCAUACGUUUGUAUUAAAUAAUAGAGCAAGAACUUGUAUUGUUUCAAGUAUUCAAAGAAAAUUAAAUAAUUUGUGUGGUAAAAAUAAAUUGUUCAGAAUGAAUGGAUCUACAUAUUAUUGUAUACCAAAUAAUAAUAUAGAUAUGGGCAUAUCUGGCAAUUAUUGUAUAAGUGAUAUUAGAAGUGUAAUAACAUGCAACGGAUUUAUAGGAAAUACCUACUUAUAUUUUAUAGAAGAAUUUAAAAUCAUUGAUAAAGAAAUUUUUGACAAUACAAUAAAUAGUAAAUGUGAUGAACAUAUUAGAGCCAAUGGUGCAAAUUAUUUAGGUUGCCAGAAUCAUUCUAUUUCUGGAAAAACUUGCUUGCCGUGGAAUACGAUAAAUAUAAUACAAAUAAGUGAACAAAAAGAUAUAACACAUAAUUUUUGUCGAAAUUUUGAAGAAAAAGAAACCAUAUACUGCUUUGUCCGUUAUAAAGAUUUUAUUUACAGAGAAUUUUGUAAAGUUAAAGAAAGUAUAUUAACUAAUAACAAUAUUACAUAUUCACAACAGGGCGAUUUUUCUUUUGAUGUAACAAUGAAAAAUGUUUCUGAUUUUUAUAUACGACUUUCUAAUAAUAGUUGCAAUAAGCCAUUAAGUAAUAAUAAUAAAUUAAAUUUUUAUUUUAAAAAGAACUAUGAAAUUUAUAAAUAUCAUGAAAUUGAUAACGAAAUAGCUUUGACAAUUGUGUUUAUAAAACAAAAUUACCGAGCAAUUGGUUAUUUAACUAAUAAUGAUAUUUUAUAUAUUUGUGCGUGCUAUAAUGAUUAUUAUAAAUCAGAAGUCUCAACCUGUAAUAAUACAACAUAUUAUACACAAAUUGGAAAAUUAAAUUUUACGAAAAAACUUACUAAUACAUACUCUAAUAUUUUAUACAUAGAUGAAAUUAACCCAAUAUUUAUUGAAAUAUUUAAGAAUGUGAUACAAAAUAAAGAGCUAUAUAUCAUUAAUGCAGAUUAUUCAUAUCAAUGUGAUAGGCUAUCAGGUUUAGAAAACAAAGUGCAUAUGCUUUCGGAAAAAAUAUUAAAUAUAAGUAUAGCACAUAUGGCCCAAAAAAUUAAUCCUCCUUUAAAUCCUUCCAAAAAUAAUUCGUAUAUUUAUGAAUAUGGUAACAUAGCUUAUGAUUUAAAAAGUUUGGUAACUAACUUUAAUGAGAGAAAAUUCAAACCAAGAUAUAUUGAAGGCGGACCUAAAACAUAUAACAUACUCAUGAAUAAUCCCAUUGAAAAUAAUAAUAAAAAUGCCAACGAAAAAAUAAAUGAGAUGCUUAAAGACAUAACCAUUCAACAGAUUAAAAAUUUACAAAAGGGUAGUAAUAUAAUAUGCAUUAAGCAUAAUGAUAAUCACCAGGAAUAUUUUUCCUACAUAGGAAAAAUAAUAUAUACUGGUAUAUAUAAUUCAAGAGAUAAAUAUAUUUUAAGAAAUAAAAAUAGUAAUAACAAUGAUAAUUCCAUUUAUGAAAAUAUAAUAUACAUCAACGAUUCUUAUUACUCUAUUUAUAAUAAUUUAUUUUCAAUCAGCCCAAAUGCCUGCUCGCAAUUCAGUGAACAUUUAAAUAAUGCAAAAGUUAUCCAAUUAACCAACGAAAAGUACAUUAGUAGAUUUAAAAAUGCGAUUAAUCUUCCUUUUUCUUACAGCUAUCACAAUAAUAAUAAAUUCCUAUCAAUAUAUUUUUUUGAAAAAAAAAAAAAUUUUUUUUUUUUUACACUUAAAAACACGUUAAAUAUAAAAAAGGAUUUAGUCAAUUAUUUAUGUCAAAAAAUUGAUAAUUUUGAAGUAUUUAAAUCAAAUUGCCUAUUCGUAUAUUCCUCUUUUAAUUUGGUUUAUUAUAUAGAAUUUGCACACCCAUUUUAUAUAUAUACUAUCCCAACAAACAUUCACAAUAACUAUAUACAAAAUGAUAAAUCUUUUGAUGUUCUGAAUCAUUAUUUCGAUUUUAGAAAUAUCGAUUUUAUAAGCCAUAAAACUAAAAUACUAUCUUUAUGGUCUCAUCAAAACGACAAUUUAGUAUCUUUAUGGUUGAUUUCCUCGCAAAGUUUGACGCCAUUUUUUUUGGCUAAAUAUAAUAUAAACUCUCCAAAAUAUUCUUUUAUAUAUCUAAAAAAAUCAAAUGAGGUGUCUACUCGUGAUUUUAAGACGGCUUCCACUUUUGAUAAUAUAGAUUCUCCAUCCAUUUCAAAAACGGUAAAUAUAACACCUACUUUGAAUUAUAAAUCAAAUAUCCCAAAAAUAGAAACAAAUGCAGAAUGCGUGGCAAAUAUAUAUACAUUCAGCGAAGGUACCCUAAGGAUUAAUAAAUAUGAAACGACGGAUUUUUUCAUUCUUAAUAGUGUAAAAAGCAUAGAUUAUGUAAACAUUGUUCAUGUAUCUGAUAUUAUUGCAUUUACCUUUGAUAAUGAACCAUUUUUUUUAUUAUUGUUUAAAAAUAAUAGAAUCUCUAUAUUAAAUAACAAUUUAAAUAAUGUAGAUAUCUCUAAUAAUGAUUUUAAUAUGCACGCACACGAACAACCUAUUAAAAUAAAAUGUAAUAAAGGUGAUAAAAAAUUGACAUGUUUUGUUUUAUAUAAAUAUCAUAAAAUUCUUUGGAUUGAUCUUUUAUUUCAUUCUAAAAAUUUAGUAAAAAAAACUCAAACUAUAAUAGAAAAAGAAAGCAGCAAUAUAAUUAAUCCAAGUUUGAUCAGCUUAAAGGAUACACAUAAACAAAGAACGGGAGCACGCAAUUUUCUUGAAAAUCAAAUUAAAAGACCAAUCUACAAUAUCGAAGUAAAAUAUAUAUAUAGAUAUGAUGAGCAAAAUACAGAAAUAUUAUCUGAUAUUUCUAACGAUAUGGUUAUUGCCGGAAAAUUAAGCGAUUAUGUCAUUUAUAUUUCUAAUAAAGAAUCCAAUAAAAUACACAUAUAUUUUACGGAUAGUUACAAAGAAAAUAUUAGUUAUUAUAAAUAUAUAAAAAAUGAAUAUAUAUAUAAUUAUAAUAUUAUAUCCUUAUCUACUUAUAAAUUUCGAGAUACAACCUUUAUUAACUCACAUAUAACUAAAUCAACACAUAGAACAAAUGCAAUAACUUCUUUUGCUCAUGAAAAUUUAGUUGUUACAAAAAUUAAAUAUAAUUACAAACCAUGGUAUAUUUACAAUGAAAAAAUAACGAUGAAACCCAUAAUUGAAGGUGAUAAAAUUCAAGUCAAAUAUUUUAGCAUAAAGUAUAAAAAAAAUAAAUCGAGGAAAGAUGCAUUGCUUAUUGAUAAAAAAACUGGUGUCGUCGAAAUAAUUCUUAGUGAAGAUGGUAAUCAAAAUAGUAAUAAUAAAAAAGACGUCGUUAAUAUAGAAGUUGUUAUGCAUGGACUAUUUCAUACUUAUACAACUGAAAUAGAGUUUAGUAUUGCAUGUGAAGAUGGCCAUUAUCAUAAGCAUAAUAAAUGUCAUCCCUGCGAAAAAGGAUAUUAUAACAAUUUAAAUGAGAUAAAACAAAAUAACGAAAAAUAUAAAAAGUGCACAGCUUGUGGACAGAAUCGAACUACUUUAGACAAAAAAGAAAAAUUUGAAAAAAAUUGUUUAUGUGACUUAGGAUAUGAAUAUAUAAAAAAUCCUAAUAACCCACGUAAUUUUAUAUGCUCACCUUGCGUUUAUGGGGAAUACAAAGAUGUUAUUUCAAAUGAACUGUGUAAAGGAAUUGUAUGCAAAAAAAAUGCCUCAUAUCUUAUAUUAGAUAAAAAAAGUGUCGAUCCAAGUCAAUGUCUUUGUAAUGGGGGUUAUUAUUUACGUUAUGAUAAAAAUAAUAAUGAAAUUUGCACAAAAUGCAUAAAUAAUCAUUAUUGCCCUGAUAAUGACAAUUAUUAUAAAAAGUGCCCAAUACAUAAUAAAACAGAAGAAAUUAAGAGAACUGAUUUCGAGACUAUAAAUAGCUGUUUAUGUGAAGAAGGAUACGAACCGAUUAAUAUGAACAAAAUAAAAGAUACCAAAUCGAGGGAUUACCAUUAUUAUAAUAUUUUUGUAACAAAAUAUAAAAAUUUAUCAUACAUAGUUAAUGACAAUAAUAUAUGUAUGGAAUGUAAUUUAGGAUUUUAUAAAAAUAAUAUCUCUUCUGAAAAAUGCAUUAAAUGCCCACGAAGUUCAACAACUACAACAUAUGGUUCUAAAUCUAUACAAAAUUGCAAUUCGUGUCAUAAGGGUUAUUACAAAGAUCAAAAGCAGGUUUGCUCUAAAUGCUUACCAAAUCAUUUUUGUGUUGGCAAAUCACAAAAAAAUGAUAAAAAUAAUAUAUCGCAAUAUGCUGGUGAUGCAAUUAUUUGCCCAAAUUAUUCUGUAACCUUGCAACCAUAUGAAAAUAAUAUUUCAUUUAAAAACUGUUUAUGCAUAAAAGGAUAUGAAAAAAAUUUUCAAGACUUUUAUAAUAUAAAUAAUCAUUGUAAAAAAGCUCCUUUAAAUUUUUAUAAAGAUACAAUAUCAAAUGAUUUAUCUAUUCCUUGCCCUACUAAUAGUAUAACAUUAAAUACUGGAGCAACCUCAAUAUAUAACUGUAUAUGUGAUAAGGGUUUUUUUUAUGAUACAGUAUCAUAUUCAUGCGUAAAUUGCCCACAUGGAUAUUAUUGUUCUGAAAAGGAUAUGACAACAAAAUUAGCUCCCCCAAUAAAAUGCCCAAAAAACUAUACCACAAUUUAUAAGGGUUCAUACAAUAUAUCUCAUUGCGUGUGCGAAUCAGGCUAUACUGUGAACACUGUAAUAGUGGAACAUUCCAGUGAGAAUGGCAUCAUAGAAUCUCACGAAAGCGCAAAAAACAAAAUAAAACUUCAAGCAAAAAAUAGAACUUCAGUAUGCGUUAAAUGCCCUCAAUCAAGUUACAAAUCCAAAAUAUCAAAUGAACAAUGUCACAAAUGCCCUAAAAACUCGAAGACAUUAAAAGACUUCAACAAUUCUGAUAUAUUUUUUUGCUUAUGUACUAUGGGAUAUUAUACAGAUAAAAAAGAAUGUAAACCUUGUUGGUUUAAUAAAUUAUAUUGUGAAGGGGAAAAAAUAUAUCAAAUAGAAACGAUUAUUUACGAUGAAAUUAUUAAUCUUAUUCAAAAAUAUAUCAGGCUUUUAAGUGACAUAUCUACCAAAAAAAGUUUUAUAAAUACAAUUAUUAAUGAAUAUAUUAAUAAAGGUCUGAUUUCAGAAAUUACUCAUAUUAGUAUGAUGGAAAAGAGCAGAAAAAAAUCGGGAAACAAUAUUCAAAGCAUAAGAAAGGCAAAAAAGGAUAGUGAAAUAUAUGCAGUUAAUAUAUACAAUCGUUUAGGGAAUAUAAUAACUAAAGACAGAGAAUUGAAAACACCAAAAAUUAACAAUCAAAUCAAAAAAAUUGAAUUAGCUAAAAGUAUAGAAAACAAAAUUAUUGCGAAUAUUAAUUCCAAAUUGACACUAUUAAGUGAAGGAAACAAAAAUAUUGAUACCGAUACAAGCAUACUAGCUAACCUUUUUUACAAAAGUUCGGAAAACAUAAUAUAUAUAAAACAUCAGAAAUUAAUAAAUUGCCAGCGGAAUACAGUAAUUCCAUUGGGGGUUGAUUCAUCUCAAAAUUUUGAUGAUUGUAAAUGUAAAAAAGGUUAUUAUUUAGAAGAUAGAAUUGUUUUAAAAAACAUAAAAAUAUGUAAACCAUGCCCAGAAGGUACAUUUAAAAAUUAUGAUGGGGAUGUUAAAAAAUGCAUUUCAUGUCCUCCUAAGUCGACGAGUAUUAAAGGAUCAAUAUAUCCUAAUCAUUGCUUUUGCAAAAAUGGAUUUUUUUAUAGUAAAGACACAUGUUUAGAAUGUUUAGAAGGUGCUACUUGCAAUGGAGGAUUAUAUCCUAAUGCAAUGAAGAAAAUAAAAUUAGAUAUAGAAAAUGUAAAUACAAUAGGACCAGAUGACCAUGUAAAACCAGAAUCUAAAAAAGGAUAUUAUUUAGAUGAAAGUAUAAUAAAUAUUAUAGAUGUAAGUGAAUGGAGAUUUAUAAAAUGCCCAAUAAGUGGUGCAUGCUUAGGGAAAAAUAAUUGUCAUAAUACUAUGGAUAAUUAUUUGUGUAUUGAAUGUAAAAAAGGCUAUACCAAUAGUUUCACAAAGUCAAAAUGUGUAAGAUGCCCCAACAAUAUUGCAAAUAUCAUAUUAUUACUUCUUAUAUAUAUAAUUUUUUGCUUUAUUAUUAUAAUUAUUUCCUACUUAAAUAUUUCCUCUGGAUUUUACAGAAGAUCUAUUCAUUCUAUUAUUAUAAAAAUUGCAGUUAACUAUGUUUCUAGUAUGUUAAUUGUGAAUAUUUUAGAAGACACAUAUUUGAACUUGCCACCAUACGCUUAUGAUGUAUAUAAUAAAAUGACCAAUAUACUAACUAGCGAAAAUCAGAAAAAAAAAAUAAUAAGUAUAGAUUGUCUAUUAAGAUAUUAUUUUAAUUUGACAUAUAAUGAUUCCUUUUUUUAUACAAGUCUAUUUUUUUUUCUAAUACCUAUAUUUUUAAUGCUAACCUUGACUGUCAUAUUAUUUGUGAUAUUAAAAAUAUAUACCAUUAUUCAAAAAGAGGGAAUAAAUAAUAAAUUAAAUUUAUUAGGAAUGGCAAAAAAGAAAAAUAUUAGUUUUUUGGUUAAUUCUUUGGAAGCAAAUUACAAAAAAGAAAGGUUUAUCAUGAUACUACGAUAUAUAAAGCUUCCUGAUAACACAAUGUCGGAUAGUAUAUUAACGUUUUUUGAGGAUAUGAUACCAAUUUAUGCUACAUUUUUAUUUAUAAUUCAUGCAAAAACAUCUUUGCGAAUGCUUCAAUUGUUUGAUUGUAGUUAUAUCCGAUAUACAAAAAAAAUUUCAAAGUAUAUACUAAAUAGCAGCAGUAGCGUUCAGUGUAAUUUUAAAACCAAUGAUUAUUUAAAAUUCUUUAUAUUAGGUAUAUCCGGAACUGUUUUAUGGGUUUUAGGCAUACCAUUUUUAGCCUUUUUUGUAUUAUAUAACAAUAGACACAAUUUAUUUCAUGAAAAUAUUCGCAUAAAAUAUGGAUUUUUACAUAAUGGAUAUUUACCUAAUAGAUGGUAUUGGGAAGUUGUUGUUUUUAUUCGUAAAAUAAUUGUUCUUUUUGUAACUACUGUUAUUGUUUUCCCUUCGAAUAAAGAAAAAAUUUAUAAGUUAUUAAUUAUAACUUUUGUUUCGAUUUUUUCUUUGUGUAUACAUUUUAUUUUUCAACCUUUUGAUAAAAGGAAUUUUUUUAUAUUAAAUAAACUAGAAAAUUUUAGUUUAUAUAUUUGGGUAUUUACUAUUAUGAUUAUUUCAGUUUUAAUGCAUGUGAAUUUAAAUGAAUUUAUUAAUUUGUUGGUUUUUUUUUUCAUAAUUCUUCUUCAUACAAUUUUUUUUAUAAAAUUACUAAUCUGUUUAUUUUAUGAAUGUAUUAGUAAUCUUAGGGCAACAUUCCAUUUUUGCAAAGUUCCCUUUAUUAAUUCAUGCGUUAAAAUGCUAAUUCAGAUUGCAGAAGCAAAAAAAAAACAAGAACCUCGAGUUUUUUAUGAUAAAUGUUCACGCCAAUUAGCCGUCGUACUUCCGGAUAAGGCUUUAAUGGAAGGGAAUCGAAUAAAUAUUUAUGCGAUAGUUCAAAGUUUUUUCAAGAAAUUUAUAAGAAGUAAUUAUUUACAGUAUUCUGAAUUAAAUAAAUUCGAAAAUCAAACAAUAAGCACAUAUGAAUCUGAAGAUAAAGAAAAGAUAAAAGUGGUAAAUUUGCGAAGUUAUGAAAAUAUAGAAAAUUAUGGCAAUUGUUACAAUGAAAUGAUGUUUAGAAACCAAAAGACAGAUUUAUCCAACUUUUUACUAAAAAAUACUAAUCUUUCAAUAUACGGAAAAAUAAAGAAUGAGCAUAGAAUGUUUGCAAUAGAAAUAUACAAAGAAUUGUUAGACAUAUUUUUAAAGCAUGUAACUUUUACAUAUAUUCCGGAUACCCUUUUUGAGUUUAUUUUUAAAAUUUCAGUUAACAUUGGGAAAUUUAUUGAUAAAAUAGACAGAAACGAUAAAAUAUUCGAAUCAUUAGAUCAAGAAAUCAAUAUUAAUAAUAUAACCCAAUGGUCACUUGAACGAAAAGACAAUUAUUAUCAAAGUGGACAAAUAAAAAAAAAUAAAAUGAGUUUUAUAAACAAUUCAAUGCCUAAUUACGAUAUAGUUAAUCGGGAAGCGAAUUCAUCAGAUUGUUCAUUCCCAUUUUAUUGCGAAGAUAUUGAAAAAGAACAAAUUAUAAAAAGAAAAAAAAAGGAAAAACAAAAGACGAAAGAUGAACCUAAAAAAUUAUACAUUUCAACUGAGGAACGGAAAAAAUUGUUUUCUUUUUUUAGCGAUGACUUAUUAAAAAGCCUAAUUCAUUUAUCCACGUUUUAUUUCAUACUUAUAGAACUGAAGAUAAAAUAUUUCCGAAAAUUACCAUCCUAUUUUUACUUAUUCAAACUGUAUAAGUUAUUAUCAAAAAAACGUGAAAUGAAAAAACUUAAAAUGUUAAAUAAAAAGUUGGAAAAAUAUAAAAAAUUUCCUCAUGAUAAUGAGACACCAAUAAAUAAUCAAGAUAAUGAUGGCCUUUUAAAAAAUGUUAAAAAAGAUAUACAUUUACUAUACAAAGAAUUUAAAGAACUUUCUAAAAUAAUGAACCAAUUAAAACAUGAAUAUCUUAAUGUAAAAGAAGAUGAUAGUAAUCAAUCCCGAUCCAGUCAAUUCGAAAACGAAUAA